AUGAUCCUGAAGACCGUGGUGGUAGACACUCUGACUUCCCGUUCGAGCUCGGGUGGCAGCUCUCCUUCGAUGCUCUUGUCAGAGAACGAGUUGCAGUAUCCACCGACAGCUCCGAAGACCAAUGAUCCUGUUAAGGUUGUUGCAUGGGAGCCAUUUGUUGUCGAUGAACACAGCCGUACCACGUCCGAAGGUCUCACUGAUUUGGAAAAUACCGAUGAGCAUGACCCUGCGGCCGACCUCCAUCUUCAUAGCACUGGGGAUGAUACCCGGGUAGAAGCCGAGGAGGGUGGUGUAGCUGAUGCACUCAAUAAGGACGAUCCUCCAUGCGUGCCUGAGCCCCUUGAUAGCAGAUCUGAAGGUGCACUUGACGGUACUGAUACCGUCCAGUUUGAUUUGCUCGUAGUGCCUCUUGAUGGGUUCUCUGGUAAGGUAGAUAACCAUGUUGGUCGCGCUGACGGUAGACAUGACGGCAAGGAAUCCCAACAUCCACGACAUCAUACCCUUGACGCUAGCAGCGUCAGUUCCCGUGUACACAGUGGUCCUCAAUAUGGUGGAGAAGACGAAGGGCAGGACACCACCAAGGGCGUAACCAAAGGUGAAGGGUCCGAGGUUGUUAACGGGUCCGAAGGCGGCGAGAGCGAAGGAUGA